UACUUUAUCCACGUGAAGCAGCCAGCAGCUAAAACUUGCAGAUUUCUUCUUCACCUCUACAAAUGGAGCUUUCGAUGAUUAAUUAAUCAAUUUUUCUAUUAUUUGAGCUUGUGAGCUGUUUCCUUUCUUUGAUAAGGAAAAUGGAGGGCUGUGAAGCGGCGAGACGGGCUCUGGUGUUGUUGAUUUUGUGUGUUUUUGCUGCUGUGGGAGUGGUUGCCCAGAAUGGGAAUUCUAGUGUUGUGAAUAUUGGGGCUUUGUACACUUUCAAUUCUUAUAUUGGGAAGUCUUUGGGGCCUGCAAUUUCUGCUGCUGUUGAAGAUGUGAAUUCUGAUUCCACCAUUUUGAAGAACACCAAAAUCAAUCUUAUUUUGCAGGAUACUAAUUGCAGUGGCUUUGUUGGCACAGUUGAAGCAAUGCAGAUUGUGGGGAAGCAAGUUGUCGCGGCCCUGGGUCCACAGUCGUCUGGGAUAGCACAUGUGAUCUCCCACGUUGUUAAUGAGCUUCAUGUCCCGCUCGUGUCAUUUGCCACGGACCCCACUCUCUCGUCUCUGCAGUACCCCUACUUCAUCCGUGGCGUGACUAAUGAUCACUACCAGAUGCACGCGAUUGCUGAUCUGGUAGAGUAUUUCGAAUGGAGGGAGGUGAUUGCCAUCUUUGUCGAUGAUGAUAAUGGCAGGAACGGGAUUUCUGUAUUGGGUGACGCACUGUCAAAGAAACGUGCCAAGAUUUCUUACAAGGCUGCGUUCACCCCAGGUGCUCCCAGGAGCGACAUUGACAACUUGUUGGUUGAGGUGAACCUGAUGGAGUCGCGGGUGUAUGUUGUGCACGUGAAUCCUGAUACCGGUCUUGAUAUAUUUACAGUAGCAAACAGGCUCGGAAUGAUGAGCAAGGGCUAUGUUUGGAUUGCUACUGAUUGGCUUCCUUGUGUUUUGGAUUCCAAAGAAACAAUUGAUCCCCAAACCGCGGAUCAUCUGCAAGGCGUGCUCGCAAUUCGUCACCAUACUCCGGAUUCUGAUCUCAAGACAAGGUUCAGUUCUCAAUGGGGGAAGAUCAAGAACAAAGAGUACCCAAAGUUCAAUUCGUAUGCUCUAUAUGCUUACGAUUCUGUGUGGUUAGUAGCCCGGGCUCUCGAUGCUUUCUUCCGUGCAGGUGGGAAUAUCAGUUUCUCAGACGAUCCAAAACUGCGCGACACCAAAGAUAGCUCCCUCCGUUUGACGUCCCUCCAGAUCUUUGACCAAGGCCCGAAGCUACUGCAGCUUCUCACUUCGUCAAACUUCACCGGUUUGAGUGGACAAGUUCAGUUCGAUUCAGACAAGAACUUGGUCCGCCCUGCGUUCGAUGUUCUCAACAUCGGUGGAACUGGAAUUCGGAGGAUCGGUUUUUGGUCGAAUCACUCGGGUCUGUCCGUCGUUCCUCCAGAAAAACUAUACGCAGAACGAGCCAACAAGAGUGACCAGCGUCUCUAUAGUGUCCUAUGGCCGGGAGAGACUACAGUGAAGCCUCGAGGAUGGGUUUUUCCAAAUAACGGGAAGCCUUUGCAGAUCGCUGUGCCUUACAGGAUAACAUAUCCGGAUGUUGUGACGAAAGAUAAAGGGCCACUGGGGGCCAGAGGCUACUGCAUCGAUGUAUUUGAAGCUGCUGUCGACUUGUUGCCUUACGCAGUUCCUCACCAAUAUAUCAUGUACGGAGACGGUAAACGGAACCCCUCGUUUGGCAAUCUUGUGAGCGACGUAGCACAAAACAAAUAUGACGCAGCAGUCGGGGACAUCACUAUCACGACAAACAGGACGCGGAUGGUGGACUUCACACAGCCUUUCAUGGAAUCCGGCCUUGUCGUGCUCGCCCCUGUCAAGCAGGUCAAAUCCAAGCCGUGGUCAUUCCUUAUGCCGUUCACUUGGCAAAUGUGGGGUGUCACUGGCAUCUUCUUUCUCUUUGUCGGAACUGUUGUUUGGAUUCUAGAGCAUCGGACAAAUACUGAGUUCCGUGGCCCUCCAAGGCAACAGAUCAUGACGGUUUUCUGGUUUAGCUUCUCAACGAUGUUUUUUGCACACAGAGAAAACACGGUUAGCACGCUGGGGCGUCUCGUCUUGAUCCUGUGGCUCUUUGUGGUAUUGAUCAUCAAUUCAAGCUACACAGCUAGUUUGACAUCCAUCCUCACUGUGCAACAGCUCUCGUCGAGAGUUCAAGGAAUUGACUCGUUGAUCUCGAGCUCCGACCCUAUUGGUAUCCAAGAUGGCUCGUUCGCAUAUAACUACCUUGUCAACGAACUGAAUAUAGCUGAAUCGAGAAUCCGAGUGAUGAAGAGCCACGAUGACUAUGUUCACUACCUUCAAAUAGGUCCGAACAAGGGUGGCGUUGCUGCCAUUGUCGACGAGCUUCCUUAUGUCGAGCUCUUCCUCGCCAGCACUAAAUGCCAAUUCAGCAUCGUCGGAAGAGAGUUCACCAAGAGCGGAUGGGGAUUCGCGUUCCAACGAGACUCACCACUCGCAAUCGACCUCUCGACCGCGAUCCUACAGCUCUCCGAGAACGGGGAGCUGCAAAGGAUCCACGACAAAUGGCUGUCAAAGGACACAUGCUCCGUCCAAACAAACCCCAUAGACGACAACCGCCUCUCGCUGAAGAGCUUCUGGGGCCUCUUCCUCAUAUGCGGCAUUGCUUGCUUCAUCGCCUUGGUCGUCUUCUUCUGCAGAGUCUGCUUGCAGUUCAGCAGAUACAGCAGCGAGGUGGUGCAGCAGAACGUCGAGGCGGCCGAGCCAGCGCGGCCAAGCAGGCGCAUCUUGCCCACGACGAGCUUCAAGAACCUCAUAGAUUUUGUCGACAAGAAAGAGACUGAGAUAAAGGAGCUGUUCAGGAAGAAUAGUGGGGAUUCGAAGAGGCAUCCGAGCCAAGUUUGUGAUGGACAGGGCAGUUGAAGGCUUGUUCCGGGGCUCGAUUCAUCUAUUCUCUUCUGUCGUGUUUCAGUCUCGUGUUUUAUCGUGCUGUGCACGUGCAUUUGGGUGUGAAGUGAAAUACGAGAUUGGAACAUGUCUGGUGAUAAAGAAUCUAGUAUUUAUACUACAACAUAAUAGCAAAAUAUGUUAGAGAAGGGGGAAAAAAAGAAGAAAUGUGAUAUAGAAGAGGUGUAUAUUAUUGUAAUUAGUGAUAUUAUUCACUUAUUAAUUAUUAUAGUUUUGGUUAA